AACAUCUAGGGCUCCAAUCCAUACCAAUUAACAGCAAUCAAACAUUUGAAUAAGGUUUUGUUUUUGUCCAUUCACUUGUUGUAAUUGCACCACUAUGGCUUCACAAAAGCCAGUGCCCAAAAAAGAAGGAAAGCCAGCUCCAGCUACAAAAAAAGAACCAGCUACUGAAGCAGAAGGACCAGUGUCAACAGCUGAUCCUAAACCAACAGCGCCAGCGCUGGAAAAGGCUGCUUCUGCCCCAACAUCGGAGUCAGCUACAAAACCUCCUCAAAAAGCCAGUCCUGCUCCUGGAGCAGCCCCAGUGGCAGCAGCCCCAGAACCAGAUCCAGCUUUUAAAUAUGAUCCUGCUGCUGUAGGUAAUCUCAGUGCUGAACAGCUUGAAGAGUUCAAAGAAGCUUUCCUGUUGUUUGCCAGGACUCCAUCGGGGGAGAUGAAGAUUUCACUAGCUCAAUGUGGAGAUGUGAUGAGAGCUUUGGGUCAGAACCCAACCAAUGCUGAAGUUUUGAAAGUUCUUGGGAAACCAAAGCCCGAAGAAAUGGAAUCCAAACUGAUCGACUUUGAGACUUUCCUGCCAAUGUAUCAACAAGUUUCAAAAUCUAAUGAAAGGGGCACAUUUGAAGAUUUUGUGGAAGGACUUCGGGUCUUUGACAAAGAAGGGAAUGGAACAGUCAUGGGGGCUGAACUCCGCCAUGUGCUUGCUACUUUGGGUGAGAGACUGUCUGAGGGUGAAGUGGAUCAGUUGCUGGCAGGGCAAGAAGACACAAAUGGUUGUAUUAACUAUGAAGCUUUUAUAAAACAUGUCAUGACUGACUGAGGGACCUCUUCUGGUACAGUAGCAGCCUCACAUGCACGUCAGUGAGCUGAAGGUCGAGUGUGAAAACUGUCCUCUCAUCAGUGAUUCAUGAUGUCAUCGAUGAAUCAUAAAUAAUGCAACUUUUUUUUCUUUUAUUGUAC